AUGGAACGAUACUUUAAGAGAAGGUUCGCAUCAACUACUUCUAGUUCGGAUAAUGUGGGUAGUUCGAGUUCGAGAGAUGUUGAUAUUUCUAGAGAUGUGGAUAUUUCUAGAGAUGUGGAUAGUUCAAAAGAAAGUGAGUUGCAAGAUAUCUUAGCUAAUCUUAUUGCAGACCCUGGACUUCGACCUCAAAUGUUGGAUUAUGAUCCUAACAUUAGAGACGAAGUUCGAAGAGCAUAUCUACAAAAGGGUCCAUGUCAGCCCAAGGAUCACACAUUUCCACAAACUGAUCUUUCAGGGUAUGAUCGACGCUUUAAUGUCAAGUGGUUUGAUGAAUUUGACUGGUUGGAGUACAGUAUUAGUAAAGAUGCUGCAUUUUGCCUUUAUUGUUAUCUCUUCAAAUCCAAUUUCAGAAUUGGUCAAGGGUGUAGCGACGCCUUCACAGAGAUGGGUUUUAGGAAUUGGAAGAAGAAAGAUAAAAUUAGGCAACAUGUUGGACCUGUUGGAAGUGUUCAUAAUCAAUCUAGACAGUAUUGUGUGGAUCUUAUGAAUCAAAAGCAACACAUCCGAACAGCUUUGAUAAAGCAAUCAGAGCAAGCUCGUAUUGAUUAUCGUAUUUGCUUGACAGCUUCUCUUGAUUGUGUGAGAUUUUUAUUGAGGCAAGGUCUUCCUUUUCGUGGGCAUGAUGAGAGUGACACUUCAAGCAACAAGGGGAAUUAUUUAGAGCUCUUACAGUUUCUUGCUGAUCAUGAUGAGAAAGUGAAGGCCGUUGUGUUAGAAAAUGCUCCCGGGAAUCUCAAGUUAAUAGCUCCAACAAUUCAAAAAGAUCUUGUGAAUGCUUGUGCCACUGAAACUAUUAAGAAAAUCAUCAAGGAUAUGAAUGAUGCAUUCUUCUCUUUAUUAGUUGAUGAAUCACGUGAUGUGUCAGUAAAAGAACAGAUGGCGGUGGUGUUUCGUUAUGUGGACAAAAGUGGGGAUGUAAUUGAGAGGUUUGUGGGCAUUCAACAUGUUAGGGAUACUACAUCAAACUCACUCAAGGAGGCUAUUGACAUAUUGUUUGCAAGAGAGGAAUUGAGCAUUUCCAUGCUAAGAGGACAAGGAUAUGAUGGAGCUAGUAAUAUGAAGGGUGAGUUCAAUGGUCUUAAAACACAGAUUUUGAGAGAAAAUCCUUGUGCCUAUUAUAUUCAUUGUUUUGCACAUCAACUUCAAUUAGCUCUUGUGGCCGUGGCAAAGGGAAAUGCUGAUAUUGCCACUUUCUUCACAUCUUGCAAUAGCUUGGUUAAUAUUGUUGGAGCAUCGUGCAAGCGUCGUGACAUUCUUAGAGAUCAACUACAAAAGGAUGUUACGGAAGCUCUAGAAAAAGAUACUUUUCCAACAGGGCGAGGCUUAAAUCAAGAAACUUGUCUCAAGCGUCCCGGUGAUACACGUUGGAACUCACAUUAUGUGCUCAAAUUUAUUAUUGAGGAUGGCUCCACUGAUAAUCUAGGUGAAGCAAAUAGGUCAUUGAGAGAAAUACAAUCUUUUGAGUUUGUAUUUCACCUAUUUUUCAUGAGAUCUAUAUUGGGAGCCACAAAUGACUUGUCACAAGCAUUACAGAGGAAAGACCAAGAUAUUGAGAAUGCAAUGACUUUAGUCAAAGUUUGCAAGGACCAACUACAACACAUGAGAGAGAAUGCAUUUGAAGCCUUGCUUGAUCAAGUAUCUUCCUUUUGUGCCAAACAUGAUAUCUUGGUUCCAAACAUGGAUGAUGCAUAUGUAGCUCAAUGGAGAUCACAUCGGAGAGCUCCUAUAAUAACACACCUCCAUCAUUAUUGUGUGGACAUCUUUAUUCAAAUCAUUGAGUGGCAACUUGCGGAAUUAAAUCGUCGCUUUAGUGAGGUAAAUACUGAGUUACUUCUUUGUUUGACAUGUUUGAGUCCAGAUGAUUCAUUCAUAGCUUUUGACAAACAAAAGCUACUUCGUUUUGCUGAAUUUUAUCCUCAAGAUUUUAAUUCCCGAGAUCUCUUGGCACUUGAAGAUCAACUUGAGAUUUAUAUUACUCAUAUGCGUACGAUGACUGAUUUUUCUCAAUUGAAAGGGAUUGGUAGCCUUGCAAGAAAAAUGGUGGAGAAAGGGUUGCAUAGAACAUAUAAUUAUGUUUAUUUGCUUCUCAGAUUAGCCUUAACUUUACCGGUUGCAACUGCUUCUGUGGAGAGAGCAUUUUCUGCUAUGAAUAUUGUGAAAGGUCCACUUCGCAACCGAAUGGGAGAUCAAUGGUUGAGUGAGUUUACUUGUUUAUAUUGA